AUGUUACCAAGUGAAGGAGAUACUACCUCAGGGUGGAAGAGUUUCGUAUUCCCUGAUUUCAAAGCUUUAAAUGAUCUCUGUCUACAGAGAUCUAGAGAUCUGGCUUAUGAAGAAGUGCAAAUCCAUGGAUUUGAAAUAUAUAUUGUGGAACAAUGGACAGAAGAAAGAAAGAUAUCUUCUCUUAUAACAUCAUAUACUGGGAACUCACAAGAUACUGUAACUGCAGUUCGAAUAUGUUUGCCAUCCGAUUACCACUAUUGGCCUCAAAAUUUUAAGAAUUAUUUAAAGGAGUUACAGACAUAUUCGCAAGCUAAAGUUAUUAAUGGAGAUACAUUGUUUAUUACAAAUUUAUCCUCUAUUUCAUCGACUUUGAAUUUCCUUAAUGUUGAUUGUGGUGAUUUAAGGACUGUAUGGGAUAAUUAUCGAACAAACUUCAAUCUUAAGAAACUAAACUGUGGUGGUAGAUCAGCAUUAUUAUUAAAGGGACCUACAAGUGCAGCGUUAAAUAAAUUUGCUCAAUUAUAUAAAAUUCAAUUAAGAGCAAACUCAACUAAUGGUAUCAUUGAAGAGAAUAGUAAUAAUGAUUCUACUAUUUAUAACAAUCAAAUGGAUGAUAAAAAACUCUUAACUCAUCAAUAUCGGUAUUGUCCUGUAACAGAGCUAGUAUCAUUAGUUCAAAUUACUUUAAAUUAUUUUGCCCCAAAUUCAUGUGUUAAAAGAGUCGAUGGUUUGCUAUGUAAUAAUACAAGAAAAGCUAUUGAUAAUUGGUGGGCUAAAUAUGGGAAAUUCUAUUUAGGAAUAGACAAACCAAAGAAUGAAGUUAUAAUGGGACCAACGACAGUUGCCUCUUUAUUCAGUUUAUUGUUGACAUGCUAUUUCAAGUUAAUAGUUGAGGGUUCUAUGUCCGCUAAAGACCCGUUUGAUGAGGAUGAAUUUUAUUCAGGCAUUUAUGUAUUCCAAAAGAAACAUAAUAUCAGCAAACAACAAGAGUAUACUUAUCUUGACCCUUUAACACUCCAAACGCUUUUCGAAGUUUCGGCAAAGUCUUCUAAUAAUGAUAUAUUUAAUUUAAAGAAAGUUGUCAAAUCUACAAUGCAGGACUUCGCUGGUAAAGGAAAUUUCAUGCAUCUUUCGAAUGAAAUAUUAACUUCAGAUCUAUCAAUUUUAGUUAGAAACAUCCAUAGUGGUACUCUGGCGGCAUUAUGGAAAGGGAAGGGUGAAACACAAAAAUCGUAUCAUAGAAGGAAGUCAACCACAUUUGUGAAUAAAAAUUUCAAUCAUGGGGACCCCAUUGCAAGAAUUAGAGAGCGCUAUAAUUUACAAAAGAUAAGUUCUAUUGAUCCGGCAGAUAUGGAUCAAUUAUAUCCAUAUGCAUUGAAAAAGCAUGAGGCUGUAUUUGAUACCAAGAGUAUUGCAGGCGAUACUUCUUCGGAAACAUCUAGUACAUCUUCGAUGAUUAAUAACUAUGAUACAGUGGACUCAGAGGAAAAUGUUGAGCUAGAUAAUACUUAUCGUAGAGAAUUUUAUAGACGAAAUUCUAUACCCUUUGUUCUGGAUGGUACUAAAACCCCAGUCCAAAAUGACGCAUUAAAGAGAAGAAACUCUGUAUCAGAAAUAGCUGAUAAUUUAGAAAAAUGGAACAUGCCUUUCAACGUAUCGGUUGUUAGAAUAGCCAGAGAUCUUAAAAGAAUUAAUACAUUGAUGAGUAGCAAUGAUGAUUCGAAUAGUUACGAUUUUGAUGUGUCCCCUCUUUAUGUGACACAAACUAGAAAUAAUGACGAAUCAUUGGUAUUUAAAGAUUCUAUAAAAAAGAUGGCAAAUGUUUGUGAACAGUAUAAUAAAGAUAGAGCAUACUUAGAACCUCGUGAAAGGGAAUUAGAAAUGAAACAAACACAUUUGCAGAAAGAAAUGGAAGAGAUCAACAUACUAACAUCACGAUUCAAAUAUAAUAUCAGAAUUUUACACGCUCGUAUUAAAGAGGUUGAAACAAAUGUCAAUAGAUUUGACUCCAAAUUAAACGAGAUUGAUCUUAUAAUAUCUAAAAAUGAAUAUCCAAUAAAAUGUGAGGUCGAUCCAAACAACGAUAGGGAAGGAUUUGAAGAAUAUAUUGUGCUGUUAAAUGCAAUAAGGAAAAAUAAAUAUAGAGGUCUCAGUUGGAAGGUACUUAGUACAGAAUUGGUGAAAACUGGGCAGGAAGUAUUGAAAAGUUGGUAUAACUGGAUAUUCAAAAGUUGA